AUGGCAUUACCUGCCAAUUACAAACAAGUAGCUCUGUCUACACCCCCUAUGGUAACUCCAAACCAACGUUUGAGAGCUUCUGGUGGGGGUGGCGGUGGAUCUGGUUCAAAUAAAGAUUCAUCAAGUCCUUUUAUUCAAACUCCACAUGGACACCCAGGGUUUACUCCACAGAAAGUUGGAAAAAAUACUCCAGCUGAUUCGCGCUUACCGAAACCACCUAAACCACCAGAGAAACCGCUGAUGCCAUACAUGAGGUACAGCCGAAAAGUAUGGGACCAAGUAAAAGCACAAAACCCCGAGUUGAAAUUAUGGGAAAUUGGAAAAAUAAUUGGGCAGAUGUGGCGAGAUUUGCCAGAAGAAGAAAAGACAGAAUUUAUAGAAGAAUAUGAAACUGAAAAAGUCGAGUAUGAAAAAAGUUUGAAAACGUAUCAUAAUUCUCCUGCAUACUUAGCGUAUAUUGCUGCUAAAAAUCGUGGAAAAUCCGCAUUAUGUGUAGCACAACAAAGCAGUGAUGAUCGUGAGACUCAUGAACGUUCCUCCAGUGGUGGUAAAGGUCAAGCAGCACAGGACAGACGAAUAGACAUUCUUCCCGCCGAAGAUGAAGACGAUCAAGAUGAUGGUUAUUCUGUAAAACACGUUGCUUAUUCACGUUACACUCGCAAUCAUCGUUUGAUAAAUGAAAUAUUUAGUGACACUGUUGUUCCUGACGUUCGUUCUGUCGUAACAACUCAACGGAUGCAAGUACUGAGACGUCAAGUUCAGUCGCUUACUAUGCAUCAGAAAAAACUAGAAGCUGAGUUACAACAGAUAGAAGAAAAAUUUGACGCUAAGAAACGUAAAUUCAUUGAAACAAGCGAAAUAUUUCAAGAAGAAUUGAAAAAGCAUUGUAAACCAGCAGUUGAUGACGAUACAUUUAACAAGAUGGUAGAACGGCAAUACGAGGUAUUACGUCGUGAAAGAAUCAGAGGCAGUGAUGAAACUCGUUCUGAUGGACCAGCAUCUAGUGACUCAACACCCACCUCUACUCCUACACCAACACCAGCAACCAUGAAUGAAGAUAAUGCUACGGAGGUUGAGAAUGACAGCGCUGAGAAAAAAUUCCAGGAAUCCGAGAAAGUGAUGGAUAUAAAAAAAGGCAGUCCAUCUCCUCCGUUUAUGGAAGGAAAAUUAGACUCUCCUGUGCAACCGAAUGCCAAUGCUGUAACUCCAGGCAAUACAAUGAAUUAUCCAGGACCUGUUAGUCCAGCUCAUCAUCAACCACUUUCACAGCAACAACAUCAACAGCCACCUACUUUGAUUGCACAACAACCGCAAUCACAGCAAAUACCACAACAGUCUCAAGUGUCACAACCGCCUCAUCUUGCACCUCAACAUCCGACAAUUAUUCCACCCCAACAUCAACAACAACCACAACCACAGCAGCAGCCACAACAGCAACAACAACAACAACCGGCACCACCACCACCAGCUGCAGCUGCAGCUUCUCAGCAUCAACAGCCGCAACCUCCGAACCACUCUCAGCCUCCUUCUCUGCAGCCUCAAGCACCGGCUCCGCAGCAUCAACAACCACCGGCGUCUCAACACCAGCCACUUCAACCUACUUUGCAACAUCAGGCGCCUCCACCGUCACCACACCAACACUCUCCUCCAGCUCCUCAUCAACAGCCGCCAGCUUCACACCAUCUUCCUACACCUCAGCAUCAAGGAAUGUCUCCACAGCAUCAAGCUCCGUCUGCUCAACAUCAAGGCCCACCUUCUCAACAUCAAGGGCCACCUUUACAACAUCAAGGACCUCCUCCUUCUCAACACCAAGGUCCUCCGUCUCAACACCAAGGUCCUCUGUCUCAGCAUCAAGGACCUCAACCUCAGCAUCAAGGGCCACCAUCUCAGCAUCAAGGACCCCAGCCUCAACAUCAAGGGCCUCCAUCUCAGCAUCAAGGACCUCCAUCGCAGCACCAAGGGCCUCCAUCUCAACAUCAAGGGCCUCCAUCUCAACAUCAAGGACCUCCAUCUCAACACCCAGGACCUAAUGCUCAACACCAAGGACCUCCACCUCAACACCAAGGGCCUCCUCAACAUCAGAGUUUGGGUUCUCAACACCAAGGACCUAAUCCUAAUGCUCAACACCAAGGACCGCCGUCGCAGCAUCAAGGACCACCUUCGCAGCAUCAAGGACCACCUUCGCAACAUCAAGGUCCGCCCUCGCAACACCAACAACCUAUGCCCCAUCAACCUCCACCUAUGCAGCAUCAACAAUCACCACCGCCACCACCUCAACAUCAACAACCGGCUCCCCACCAUCAGCCACCACCACCGCAACCACCUCCACAUCAGCAACAAUCUCAACUUCCCGCUGCCUCAACACCGGGAAUGCCAAAUCCACCAUCAACACCUCCAUCUUCGUCUCCAGUUCCACCUUUGCAACAUAAUCCUCAUCAGCCACCAAAUAUGAUGCCUAAUCAUUCAAUGCCAUCACAAGUAAUGACUCCCCAGGGCCCGGGUAAUCCUCAUGGUCCUCCUCCCAUGAUUCCGCCUGGACAAGGUUACUCUCAACAAUAUCAACCACCCAGUGGACAACCACAAGCACAAAAUGUUCCGCUCGCACCAAGACCACCGCAUCCAUCGUACGGUUACGGCCAACAACCUUACCACCAACCUUACCCCCAGUAUACUCAUUCUUACUACCAUCAACCAUACUCUCAAUAUUCUCCGCAUCCGAUGGGAAGACCUCAUCCCCAUGGACCUCAUAGUCCACACAGCCCUCACAGCCCUUACCAUCCACAGUCACCUCACACUGUCGGAGAUACUAAUCCAAGUGGUAAUGCUGUAGCUGGACCCGGUGCUGGCCCCAAUGCUGAAGGAGGUAAUUCUUCAUACUCACCUGCUCCUAAUCACGGUGAACCGGAACGACAAGGUCCACCGGAUAAUCAAGGUGAUGGACAAGGAGAUGCUAAAUAA